AUGUCCCGUCGCGAACCCCAGAAUUUCGUUAUGUUGAUGUUACUGAGGCUGUUUUUGUUGGACUCGUCAACGUAUAAAAGUAGCACCGUCCUCAACCAAGAUUCACCAUCCCAAUACAUCAGCCAUUCCCCUCAUCCUCAUCCUUACCACUCAUCUACUCUCAAUCGUACCACUCUCCCAUCAUCCAAAAUGUACUUCUCUCUCCCCUCCAUCAGCCUUGUCGCCGCGCUUGCCGCCACUUUCCUCCCAUCCGCUUUCGCUGCAGUCGGCAUCCAUUGUGGCACCACAUCAGACGCCACGCUUUCCGACUGCCAAGCUCUGGUAGAUCCUGACACUUGGAACAGUGUCUGGGCUGGUACAUCGAAUGUUUGCCAUUAUUCCAACCCAAACUCUGGUAUUGUCGGCGGUGUAGCCCAAAACGUCGCCUGCCACGGGAACUGCUGCGUUUACGUCGCUGAUGGCGGUGCUAAAGGCUUCACAUUCGACUCUGAGACCAUCCGUAACGAAGCUGCUGGUUUGCUCGGAUGCGGCGAUACCGCCAAAGACAAGAUCAACGGCCUGGACUUCUUCGAGGAUGGGCAUGGCACAUGUAUCAGCAACGGCAAUGGAUGUGGAGAUUGCUUCGAUGACUCCGACUUCUCUGGAGGUUGCGAGAUUUGUUAGACGCACUGGAGAUAUAUAUUUUUGUCACUUCAUUUUUCUCUAUUCCUUGCCUCGGUCUCGGCCAUGAUGCACAGUACCUCUGUCCUCACGAAUCUCAUGCAUACGAACCUGUAACUUAUCGACGUAGUCUUAUUUACCGUAUCUGAAUAGU